AUGCCGCAGACCAUUAUGUUGGCGGUGCACUGCAAGAAGUCAGAGCCGGUGGAGUUCAAGGGCCCGAUCGUGGAGUACGUGAAGGGAAGCUAUGGCGCUGAGGCGGGCGCGGAUGCGGCGGAGGAUCUUGAGGAGGUGCUGCAGCUGCGCGCCGACUGCGUCAACCAGACGGGGCCGCUCAGCAUGCAGGCAGCCAACCUGGCGAAGUACUACCGCCUGCUCACGCUGAUGGAGGCUCGGUUCCCCAUCAGCCGCAGCCCUGGCCACGCCAACGUGGAGUUUGGCUGGAGCGACGCCUUCAGGCCGCAGAAGCGCUCCGAGCAGACGUCCAUCCAUUUCGAAAAGGCCGCCAUCGUUUUCAACCUGGGGGCGAGCCAGCUGGCGCUGCAGUGCGACCGCAAGACCGACGCAGGGCUGAAGGAGAGCGCCAAGUUCUUCCAGGAGUCUGCGGGCACCUUUGCCCACCUGCGCGACGCGGCCAGCCUCAAGGUGGAGCAGCCGCGCCCGCUGGACCUGACCCCCGAGGCGGCGGCGAUGCUGGAGAAACUGAUGCUGGCGCAGGCGCAGGAGUGCGUUCUGGAGAAGGCGAUCACGGACAAGAAGGCGCCUGGGGUGGUGGCGCGCGUGGCCAAGCAGGCCGCCGUCUUCUACCGCGAGUGCGCCUCCCUGCUCAGCGCCGCGCCGCUCAGCCAGCACUUUGACCGCUCCUGGCUGGCCCACGCCUCCGUCAAGGCGCUGCUGUACGAGGUGGAGGCCACGGUUCAGAACAGCGCGUCGCUGCGGGAAGCCGACGAGUUUGCGGGCGUGGCCAAGGAGAUUGCGCGGCUGCGGGCCUCCCAGCAGGUGCUGGUGCAGGCCAAGGCGGAGGCACGCAACGCCAGCAAGGAGCUGCAGGACAAUGUGGCGUGGAAGGAGCAGUGGAUUGCCACGCGGCUGCAGAAGGCGGAGCGCGAGAACAGCACCGUCUACCUGCAGCGCAUCCCUGCCGAGGUCGACCUGCCGCCCAUUGUGCCGGCCUCGCUGGUCAAACCCACCCCUCCCGGCGACCUGCUCAAACCCACGGCCGACGAGCAGCAGAGCAUGUUCACGUCGGUGGUGCCGGACAACAGCGCCAAGGCCCUGUCCAAGUACAGCGACAUGGUUGACAGCCUGAUACGCAGCCAGAUGCACAAGCUCAACGGCGCCUCGGAUGAUGCGCGCAUCCGGCUGCGGGAGUGGGAGCUGCCAGAGGCGAGGCGGCUGCCUGCCGCCGCCGUCGUGCAUUCGGCGCACGCGCUGCAGGCACUGGAGGCGGGCACGGUGGCGGCGCUGCCGGAUGCUGUGCGUGUGGAGCUGGAAAGCAUCCAGGACGGCGGCGGGCUGCAGCACCUGCAGGAGGUGCAGCAGCAGGUCAAGGAGCUGCGCCGCGCGUGCCUGGAUGAGCUGGACGGCAUUGAGGCCGACCUGUCGGCGGAGGAGAAGGAGGAUGCGGAUCUGCGCCAGCACUACGGCCAGCGCUGGCGGCGCCCCGCCAGCGGGCAGCUGACCAAGACCAUGCGGGACAAGGUGGCGGGAUACCGCGGGAACCUCAUGCAGGCCGGCGAGAGCGACAAGCGGCUGGAGGGCAAGCUGGCUGCGGAGGCGGCGGCGUUUGCGGCGCUGGACCCGGAGGCCGCCGCCACUCAGAUGCCCAAGAUGCAGGCCCCCAUGCUGUCUGUCGACAACAUGGAGCCGGCGGCAGCGGUGGCCACGCUGCGGCAGGCGCUGGAGGGGCUUAACACGCUGUCGGGGCAGCGCGCCGCGCUGGAGGAGGCGCUCAAGGACCGCAAGAACAAGGACAACGUGCUGCCCAAGCUGCUGGGCGGCGGCGGCGACUCGCCAGAUGCCCUGUUCCAGCUGGAGCUGAAGAAGUACGACGACCUGGUGAUGGAGGUGGACAACAACGCCAGCAAGAGCGCGCAGCUGCUGGACGUCAUCGCCGCCAACGUGGCCGUCUUCAAGAGCAACUACGGCUACCAGGAGUGGCGCAGGGCCUGCGAGGGCGCCGCGGGUGGCAUCAAGGCCGGCAUCAAGAGCUACAAGGAGCUGCGGGACAACCUGGGGGAGGGGCUGCGCUUCUACAUGGGACUGCAGGAGGCGAUUGGCAGCCUGCGGCAGCAGGCGGGCGACCACUGCAUGACGCGCCGCAUACAGAGGGACGAUCUGAUUGAGGACCUGCGCAAGCAGGCGGCGGAGGAGGCGGAUCGUACCGCGGCCCAGCUGGCCGCCAUGAACCUGCAGCAGCAGCAGCAGCAGGCGCAGCAGGCGCCGCCGCCGCCGCCGCCGCCGCCCGCCUAUGUGUCGCCCGCCGGCUCGGGCACCCUGUCCCCGACCGGCAGCGUGAAUUACGGCGGCGCUGCUCCGCCGCAGCACGCCCCGCCGCUGCAGCAGCAGCACUCUGGGUAUGGCGCCGCGCUCGGCGGCGGGGCGCCUCCCCCGCCGCCACAGCAGCAGCAGCAGCAGGCGGGCGGGUAUUAUGCACAGCCGCAGUACCAACAGCAGUACCACCAGCAGCAGUACCCUCCCGUGCAGUACGGCCAGGCAUACGCCGCGCCCCACCCCCCCCAGGGCUAUGCGCCGCCGCCGCCCCACCAGCAGCAGCCCCAGCUGCAGUACUCGUACAGCGGCGGCAGCAACUUUUGCGCUGCGGCGCCCCCGCCCCCGCCCCAACAGCAGGGCUACGCGCCGCAGCAGCAGUGGGGCGCGCAGGAUGGCUACGCCCAGCAGCAGCAGCAGGGUGCGCCGUACGGCCAGCAGGCGCCGCCGCCGCCGCCGCCCCAGCAGGCGCAGCAGCCGCCACCUCAGCAGCAUCAGCAGGGCAACCCGGUGGGCCAGUUCUUCGGCAGCGUGUUUGGCCGCUGA